GGAAAAGACGGAAACGAAUACAGUCUGGGAUUAACUCCGACCGGAGUUCUCGUGUUUGAGGGGAAGAGCAAAAUCGGUCUCUUCUUUUGGCCCAAAAUCACUCGACUCGACUUCAAAGGCAAGAAAUUAACGCUCGUUGUGGUCGAGGACGACGACGAGGGCCGGGAACAGGAGCACACUUUCGUCUUCCGUCUGCAUACGUCAAAGACAAGUAAACACUUGUGGAAGUGUGCGAUAGAACACCACACCUUCUUCCGACUCAAGACACCCGUCCAAACAGGAAGUGCUAAACAGAGGCAGAACUUCGUGCGAAUGGGUUCGCGAUUCAGGUAUUCGGGAAGAACUGAAUUUCAGACGCAGAUCCAGCAGCAAAAGGCCGCACAGUUAGCCAAUCAGCGCAAGUUUGAGAGGCGACCGUCUCAGAGGUAUACCAGUCGGCGCUCUACUGUCCAGAGGCACGAUAGGGAUAGGGAUAAGUCCAAGACUACCAGUGAUUCCACAAAACCUAAGUCCACAGUUAGUUCCACUGCAACGACAACAACAGUGACCACAACU